CGCAGUCCUCCCCCGCCACACCACCUUGUCAAUUGGACUUUCUCACGCCCGCUGCUGGGAUCUAUCACAAUGUCCGCCCCUUCCAUCACCAACUUCAUUGUCAAGCGCCCAUGGCUCAAGCGCUGGAUGACGCCACUCGCCCAGUGGUACACCGACGCCGCCGGCUACAGAAGACUCGGUCUUAAGGCCGACGACCUGAUCCCCGAGGAGAGCGACGUUGUUCAGACUGCUCUGAAGCGUCUUCCUCCCAAGGAGGCCUACGACCGCAUCUUCCGUAUCCGCAGAGCAUUCCAGUGCUCCGUCUCUCACACCCUUCUCCCCCCUGCUGAGCAGACCAAGCCCGAGGAGGAUGUUGAGUACCUGAGCCCCAUCAUCCGCGAGAUCGAGAAGGAGAAGAAGGAGCGUGAAGACCUCGACACCCUCGUCGUCCGCCGGUAAUUGAUUCAUUAAUUCGAGCCCUUUUGUUACCGGAAUUAGACUAUCGUCGUCAGGAAUCGUGGACGGUCGGGAUAGAAAUGAGAAAAAGAGUUUAUCUUGUCCGAUUCAGCUGAGAUGCUACCCACCACUGGCACCCAGCUAACGCUUCAUCGAACCUUUUGAUAUGUCGCUCAACCACGUGUACUGAUACUGUACAAAUCCAUCUGUCUUCGUCCAUUGCUAUG